UCAGUCUGACUCACAGGAGCAGCCAUCGAACAGGACUCUUCCGGGGAAAGAGAGAGUGUGUGUGUCUGUGUGUGUGUGUGUGCGUGCGCGCGCGUGCCCACUGAGCAACAUGUCCCCGGCGUGGAGACGUGGAAGGCGCACCGGUGGCUCGACGGCGGGUCCGCGGACCAUGGUCACAGCGGGCCGGACCGGACGGGUCUCCUGUUGGAUUCUGCUCACGGCGACUUGCAUCCUCAGCGCUCGGGCUCAAGUGGAUGACGUUGCACCUUAUUUUAAGAUGGACCCUCCUCAAACCCAGGUCCACCUGGAGGGGAACCGCCUGGUCCUAACCUGCAUGGCGGAGGGCAGCUGGCCCCUGGAAUUCAAGUGGAUCUACAAUGGUAGCGAACUCACUCGCUUCUCCUUGGAAUACCGGUACCUGAUCCCCUCCUUGGACCGGGCGCAUGCAGGCCACUACCGCUGCAUUGUGAGAAAUCGAGUGGGCGCUAUAAUGCAGUGCAGCACCGAAGUGCAGGUUGCCUACAUGGGUGGUUUUGUGGAGGAGGAAAGGUCUCAAACUGUAUCCCAGGGUGAAGGUGCCCUCAUGCAGGCCCCGCGGAUACACAGCUUCCCCCGGCCGCAGAUCACCUGGUUCAGAGACGGACGGAAAAUUCCCUCCAGCGGGCGCAUCGCCAUCACCCUGGACAACACGCUGGUCAUCCUGUCCACCGUGGCCCCCGAUGCGGGACGUUACUACGCCCAGGCCGUCAAUGAUAAGAAUGGGGAGAACAAAACCAGUCAGCCCAUCACACUGGCAGUGGAGGAUGUUGGAGGAGCCGCGGACCCCAUUGCCCCCUCCAUCAUCAUCCCCCCCAAGAACACCAGCGUAACCAUGGGGAGGAACGAAGCGGUCAUGGAGUGCGUUGCUAAUGCCAGACCCCUUAUCAAAAUGAGUAUUACUUGGAGGAAAAACGGGGCCGUGGUCAGUACAGGGAUCCGAGAUUUUGGCCGCAGAUUGGUCAUCAGUUUGCCCGCAGUCACCGAUAGCGGCUUCUAUGAGUGCGAAGCGUCCCUCCGCAGUAGCAGCUUCCCCCCAGUCACCGCUGGGGCAUUCCUGCAUGUUCUAGAAUAUCCUCUGCUCAUAAAAGAGCCGCCAACUCACAUCAGUGCAGAGAUGGAGAAGGUGGUGGAUAUCCCGUGUCAGGCAAGAGGCACGCCGCAGCCAGACAUAGUGUGGUACAAAGACGCGGUGCCCAUCAGCCCGGUGAAGAUCCCCAGGUACAGGGUGUUGGUAGGAGGCAGUCUGCAGAUCAACGGCCUCCUGCCUGACGACACGGGGAUGUUUCAGUGCUUCGCCCGCAAUCUCGCAGGAGAGAUCCAGACAAACACCUACCUGGCUGUUACCAGUAUUGCUCCCAACAUCACCUCUGGCCCCUCCGACAGCGCCGUGAUUGACAGCAUGUCAGUCAUUCUGCAUUGUGAGACCUCGGGAGCGCCGCGGCCCGCCAUUACCUGGCAGAAAGGUGAACGUGUCUUGGCCAGUGGCUCGGUCCAGCUGCCCAGGUUCACCCUGCUGGAGUCGGGCAGCCUGCUAAUCAGUCCCUCUCACCUGUCUGACGCUGGUACCUACACCUGCAUGGCCAGUAACUCCAGGGGCAUUGAUGAAGCGUCAUCCGACCUAGUUGUCUGGGCACGUACUCGCAUCACUAAGCCACCGCAAGACCAAAGUGUCAUCAAAGGGACCAAGGCCGUUCUGACCUGUGGUGUGACCCACGACCCGAGUGUCAUCGUAAGGCACGUGUGGGAGAAGAGCGGCUCGGUGAUUGACGUGAACACGUCCCCCCGCCUGCGGCUGGAUCCCGACGGGACGCUGCACAUCUCCCAAACGUGGUCGGGUGACAUCGGAACAUACACCUGCAGGGUGACCUCAGUGGGUGGCAACGACUCCCGCAAUGCCCACCUCAGAGUCAGGCAACUGCCCCAUGCUCCAGAAAACCCAAUAGCAGUUCUGAGCACAACGGAGAAAAGGGCCAUCAACCUCACAUGGGCACAGGCCUUCGACGGGAACAGCCCCCUGAUCCGCUACAUCCUCGAGGUCUCAGAAAACAAUGCCCCUUGGACGGUGCUCAUGGCCAACAUCGAACCCGAGUCUGCUGGCGUCACCGUCGGUGGCCUCAUCCCGGCGCGCUCGUACCAGUUCCGCCUGUGCGCCGUCAACGACGUGGGCCGGGGCCAGUUCAGCAAGGAGACGGACCGACUGACUCUCCCCGAGGAGCCUCCCAGUGCCCCCCCUCAGACAGUCAUUGCAAGUGGCCGCACCAAUCAGUCCAUCAUGAUCCAAUGGCAGCCACCACCGGAGAGCCAUCAAAAUGGGCCACUCCAGGGCUACAUCAUCAGGUACUGUCUGUCGGGGCUCCCUGUGGAUUGUCAGAUGAAAAACAUCACCAACCCAGACCAGACCAGUCUACUCCUGGAGGACCUCAUCAUCUGGACCAACUAUGAGAUCGAGGUGGCAGCUUAUAACGGAGCAGGCCUGGGCACCUACAGCCAUAAAGUCACAGAAUGGACACUGCAAGGGGUGCCCACUGUGCCACCAGGAAAUGUGCAGGCUGAGGCCGUCAACUCCACCACGGUGCGUUUUACCUGGAGUGCCCCGAGCCCUCAGUUCAUCAACGGAAUCAACCAGGGCUACAAGCUGUUGGCGUGGGAACCUAGUCGCGCAAACGAGGUCACUGUGAUAACAGUGCGUCCCAACUUCCAGGACAGUGUUCACGUUGGCUACAUCUCUAGCCUGAAAAAGUUCACCGAGUACUACUCGUCCGUAUUGUGCUUCACGACCCCCGGAGACGGCCCACGGAGCCCACCCCAGCGGCUGCGCACCCACGAGGACACCCCCGGUGCCGUGGGACACCUGAGCUUCACUGAUAUCUUGGACACCUCACUAAAAGUCAGCUGGAAGGAGCCACAAGAGAAAAACGGUCUUCUCACGGGUUACCGCAUCUCCUGGGAGGAGUUCAACAGGACCAACACUCGAGUCACCCAUUAUCUGCCCAACCUCACUCAGGAGUACAAGGUGACAGGGCUCACUGCUCUCACCACUUACACCAUCCAGGUGGCGGCCAUGACCGCCAAAGGCCAGGGACAGCUCUCUGCCUCCACUAUUUCUUCUGGCGUACCACCGGAGUUGCCAGGUCCUCCAACCAAUUUAGCCAUCUCCAACAUCGGGCCUCGCUCGGUCACCCUGCAGUUUAAACCGGGUUAUGAUGGAAAGACAUCCAUUUCCCGUUGGCACGUCGAAGCCCAGAUUGGCAUAAUAGGAGAAAAUGAAGAGUGGUUAAUGGUCCAUCAGCUGGCUAACGAACCCGAUGCUCGAUCCCUGGAGGUCCUGGACUUGAACCCCUAUACUUUCUACAGGUUCAGAAUGCGUCAGGUAAACAUCGUGGGCACCAGUCCUCCCAGUCAGCCCUCCAGGAAGAUCGAGACCCUGCAGGCCCCUCCAGACAUCUCUCCAGCCAAUGUCACCCUGCGCACGGCCAGCGAGACCAGCCUGUGGCUUCGCUGGGUGCCUCUUCCAGAGUGGGAGUACAAUGGGAAUCCAGAUCUCCUGGGCUACAGGGUCCAAUACUCUAAAGCCGGGUCCAAGGGGGGCGUUCUCUCCCACGUCAUUAUGGACCGGCUCGAGAGGGAGUUCACCAUCGAAGACCUGGAGGAGUGGACGGAGUAUGUGGUCAGAGUUCAGGCCAUCAAUGGUAUCGGCUCUGGGCCUUGGAACCAGCUGGUCCACGGCAGGACCAGGGAGUCUGUACCCUCCAGCGGUCCCACCAACGUGUCAGCCUUUGCUACCACCUCUAGCAGCAUCCUGGUGCGAUGGGGGGAAGUGCCAGAGACGGACCGCAAUGGACUCAUCUUGGGGUACAAGGUUGUGUAUAGGGAAAAGGACUCAGACAAAGCUCCCAACUUCUGGGAAGUGGAGGGCAACAUCACCCACAGUGUCCAGUUAAGUGGUCUCGGCAAGUACGUCCUGUAUGAGAUCCAGGUCUUAGCCUUCACACGUAUAGGAGACGGGAGGAGCAGCUCGCCGUCCAUUUUGGAGAGGACCUUGGACGAUGUACCCGGCCCUCCAGUAGGCAUCCUCUUUCCAGAAGUCAGAACCACCUCCGUUAGGCUCAUCUGGCAGCCUCCCGCACAGCCCAAUGGCAUUAUCCUCGCCUACCAAAUCACGUACCGAAGAAACUCCUCAAACAGCAACGCCGCCACCGUGGACGUGCUGAGUCCCAGCGCGCGGCAGUACACGGCGUCCGGCCUGAAACCAGAAACGGUCUACGUGUACCGCCUCACCGCUCAGACCCGAAAGGGUUGGGGUGAGGCCGCCGAGGCGUUGGUGGUGACCACGGAAAAGAGAGCCCGACCGCAACCCACGAGCCGUCCCGUAGUGCCUCAAGAGGAGGUUCAGGCUCGCCGAGUGCUGUUGUCAUGGGAACCGGGCAGCGAUGGACUAUCGCCCGUUCGUUAUUAUACCGUCCAGUACAGAGAGCUGCCGGACCGCAACUGGACUGUCCACUCUGCCUCGGUCAGCCAUGAGACCCAGUCCUACAUGGUGGAUAGGUUAAAGCCUUUCACUUCAUACCAGUUCCGUGUAAAGGCCACUAAUGACAUCGGAGACAGUGAAUACAGCCAGGAGAGUGAGGCCAUUACUACACUACAGGACGCUCCAGACAAAGCCCCGACAAUCCUGUCAGUUACACCUCACACCACCACAUCUGUCCUGGUCCGUUGGCAGCCGCCCUCCGAGGAUCACAUGAACGGCGUCCUGCUGGGGUUCAGGGUGAGGUAUCGGGAGUUACACUACGACCGGCUGCGUAGCUUCACUGUCCGCACGGUAAACAGUCCCUCCGCCAACUGGGCCGAUCUCGCUGCUCCUUACAGCAUCAGGAACUUGAGUGAAUCCUCGCUCACCCAGUAUGAACUGGAUAAUUUGAGUAAACACAAACGCUACGAGAUCCGCCUGAGUGUGUACAACGCUGUGGGAGAGGGUCCCAGCAGUGCACCACAGGAAGUGUUCGUCGGAGAGGCGGUCCCGACAUCCCCUCCCCAAAACGUGGUGGUCCAGUCUUCAACGGCCACACAGCUGGAUGUCACAUGGGACCCUCCUCCUCUGGAUGCUCAGAACGGGGACAUACAGGGUUAUAAGAUCUAUUUCUGGGAGUUUCAGCUCCAGAAUGAAACGGAACGCCUGCGCACUCUGUUCCUGCCGGAGCUCGGGGUGAAGCUUAAAAACCUGACCGGCUACACCACGUACAUGAUGAGCGUGGCCGCCUUCAAUGCUGCCGGGGACGGGCCCCGCUCCCUGCCCACCAGAGGGCGCACUCAGCAAGCAGCACCAAGUGCUCCCAGCUUCAUCCACUUCAGUGAGUUGACCACCAGCUCCGUCAACGUGUCCUGGGGAGAGCCCAAGCAGGCCAACGGCAUCAUUGAGGGCUACCGUCUGGUUUAUGAGCCCUGCACCCCUGUCGAUGACUCCUCUCCUCGCACCCCAGGUGUCAGUAAGAUAGUGACAGUAGAUGUGAAGGGCAGCGCUUCCCUGUGGAUGAAGAUCAAAGACCUGGCUGAUGGUGUCACCUACAACUAUCGCAUUCGGGCAAAAACCCUCACAUAUGGCCCCGAGGUGGAGGCCAAUAUUACCACCGGCCCGGGAGAAGGGUCCCCGGGCCCUCCCGGAGAACCCUUUAUUUCUCGGUACGGGACGGCCCUCACGUUGCAUUGGACCAGCGGUGAUCAAGGCCGUGCACCCAUCACGCGAUACGUCAUCGAGGCCAGACCCUCUGAUGAAGGAUUGUGGGAUAUCCUCAUCAAAGAUAUUCCUAAAGAAGUGACAUCCUACACGCUUAACCUGGAAAUGCUGCGAGAAGGGCUCACGUAUGACUUUCGAGUAAUUGCCGUCAACGACUACGGCUACGGAUCGCCCAGCGCCCCCUCCCCCUCUAUUUCAGCACAGAAAGUGUCUCCGUUCUAUGAGGAGUGGUGGUUCCUGGUGGUGAUUGCCUUGGUGGGCCUCAUCUUCAUCCUCCUCCUUGUUUUCAUCCUCAUCAUCCGGGGCCAGAGUAAAAAAUACACCAAGAAAACCGAUUCAGUGUCGUCCUCAUACCCCUGUCCAGGCAACCACUCCAACUGCACGGCCCUGCCUCUGACCCACGGGGAGAUGGUGCGCCUCGACGAAGGACGUUUCCCGGCCCUGGAGCUCAACAACAGGCGCCUCUCGGUGAAGAACUCCUUCUGCCGCAAGAACGGCAUCUACACACGGUCUCCACCGAGGCCCAGUCCUGGAAGCCUGCACUACUCGGAUGAGGAUGUCAGCACCAAGUACAAUGACCUGAUCCCAGCAGAGAGCAGCAGUCUGACCGAGAAACCCUCCGAGAUAUCUGACUCUCAGGGCAGCGACAGCGAAUACGAGAUGGAUCAGAGCCGCCAGAAGACCCACUCCUUCGUCAACCACUACAUCAGCGACCCCACCUACUACAACUCCUGGCGGCGGCAGCAGAAGGGCGUCUCUCGACCGCCGGCGUACGGCUACGCGCAGCCCGAGCCCCUGGUGGAGCAGGAGCCCCGCCAGCACCCACCACCCGUGCCCCCUCUGCCCCCUCUGCCCCCUCUGCCCCCCCAGAGCGCCCCGUCCCCACAUCCCCAGGGCCAGGGCACUCUGUUCAGGUCCAAGGGAAGCCGGACUCCGACCCCGUCCCUGCUGUCCUCCUCCGAACCCCCCAGCCAGCACAGCGCCCUCUACCGCCCCCCCAGCAGCCUGGGAUGUGCCGCUCAGACACCUACCGCGGGCUUCUCCUCUUUCGUUUGACACAGAGCUCUCGGUCCAAUAACGGGAAGAAGAAGAAGAAGAGGAGGGGAAAAAAAACACGCCCGAGGAAGAGUCAUCGAUGUUUAUUGCUUCGUUUGUACUUUGCUCUGUUUGUUUUCUUUUCUGUCUAUUUAAAAAAAAAAGAAAAGUUGUUGCUCAGUAUUAAGCAUUGCAGACAUCUUGAAUAGCGUUUUCUGCU